AUGUCUAAGACUACCCGUGAUGAAUCAGCUACUGAUAAAAAAGAAUUGAAUCAAUUCGAACAACAUUAUUUCACCUCCUAUGACCAUUACGGUAUUCACGAAGAAAUGUUACAGGAUACCGUCCGUACUUUAUCCUACAGAAAUGCCAUUAUGCAAAACAAAGAUAUGUUCAAGGAUAAGGUUGUCUUAGAUGUUGGUUGUGGUACUGGUAUUUUGUCAAUGUUUGCAGCUAAGCAUGGUGCCAAACAUGUCAUCGGUGUUGACAUGUCAAGCAUUAUUGAAAUGGCUCGAAAAAUUGUUGACUUAAAUGGGUUCUCUGAUAAAAUUACCUUAUUACGUGGUAAAUUAGAAGAUGUCGUUUUACCUUUCCCAAAAGUUGAUAUAAUUAUAUCUGAAUGGAUGGGUUACUUCUUACUUUAUGAAUCUAUGUUAGACACCGUUUUAUAUGCAAGAGAUAAAUAUUUAGUGGAAGGUGGUUUGAUCUUUCCAGAUAAAUGUUCAAUUCAUAUUGCUGGUUUGGAAGACUCUGAAUAUAAAAGUGAAAAAUUAAGUUACUGGCAAGAUGUUUACGGUUUUGAUUACACUCCUUUUGUUCCAAUCGUAAAGGAAGAACCUAUCGUUGAUACUGUCGAUAACAAUGCAAUCAACACUACAAAGUGUAAAAUGAUUGAAUUCGAUUUGAAUACUGUCAAACUAUCGGAUCUUGAUUUCAAAGUUCCAUUCGAAGUUGAAGUUAAGAGACAAGACUGGAUUAACGGUGUCAUUUGUUGGUUCGAUAUUGUUUUCCCAGCCCCAAAGGGUAAAAAACCAAUAGAAUUCUCAACAGGUGCUCAUGCUCCAUACACACAUUGGAAACAAACUGUUUUCUAUUUAGAAGAUGAUUUAGAAUGUGAAAAGGGUGAUAUCUUAAGGGGUGAAUUGACAUGUUCACCAAAUAAGAGAAAUAACAGAGAUCUAGACGUUAAAAUUUCCUAUGAAUUCGAAGCUAGAGGCGUCGACGCAAAAGAAAGAUCGAGAAAAAAUGAAAACGUCUAUUUGAUGCAUUGA